CCCCCACCUCCAACCAUGGCGUCAUCCUCUUCCUCCUCCUCCUCCUCCUCCCCCUCUUCCCCCUUCUCUCCCUUCGCGCAACCACCACCCACCACCCCCCUCGCCGCCUAGUUCCCCCCACCUCCGCGCGCCACCCUCCCGCCCUCUCUCUCUCUCUCCGCCGGCGGUGGCGGCGGCGAGCGGCCCCAUGUCGUCGCCUUCCACCUCCACGGCGGCGCUGCUGCUCGCCAGCGGGAGGCACCCGCGGCAACAGUUCCAGUCCCUCCGCGCCCCCACCAAGCCCCCCUUCCACUUCCCCCACCUCCUCCUCCCCUCCCGCUCCUCCUCCCGCCGCUGCUGCUGCGUCCCCGUCCCCGCCCCCGGGGCGAGGUCCCGCGGCCUGCCCGCUCCCGUAUCCGCCUCCGCGCUGCCCCUGCGGGUGACGCCUCCGCCCGGGGUGGAGGUGGAGGGUGGCGUGGGGAGGGCGGUGGCGGCGGCGGCGGCGGUGAGGAGGGUCGCGGUGGCGCUGGCGUGCGGCGCGCUUGCGGCGGCAUGGUGCCACCGGGCGCUCGCGGUGGCGGGGGCGGCGGGAGCCGCAGGGGCAUCUGGGGCGGUGGAGGCGGCGGCUGGGUUUGGCGGGAUGGCACUGCGUGGUGGCUGGCCGAGGGUGCUGCAGAUUCUGCAGCUGCUUAGAGAGCAGGGGAUUAUUCUCGCUGUGUUGCUUGGCCUCUCGGCGUUUUUCUCCAUGGCUGAGACUUCCAUCACCACGCUAUGGCCUUGGAAGGUUCGUGAGUUGGCUGAAAAGGAACCUGAAAAUGGUGUUUUCAGAAUGCUCCGAAGUGAUGUUACUCGCUUCCUGACAACCAUACUCAUUGGCACAACUGUGGUCAACAUUGGCGCAACAGCAAUUGUUACUGAGGCGGCAACUGCAAUGUUUGGUGAAGCAGGUGUCAGUGCAGCAACAGGCGUCAUGACUGUCGCCAUCUUACUUCUUACAGAAAUCACACCCAAAAGUGUUGCAGUUCAUAAUGCUACAGAGGUUGCUAGGUUUGUUGUAAGACCAGUUGCAUGGCUUUCAUUGGUCCUGUAUCCAGUUGGGCGAAUUGUCACUUUUCUGUCCAUGGGGAUGCUACAGAUUCUAGGCCUGAAGGGAAGAAGUGAACCAUAUGUUACUGAGGAUGAACUGAAAUUAAUGUUACGAGGUGCAGAGUUGAGUGGCGCUAUUGCAGAAGACGAACAGGAUAUGAUCGAGAAUGUACUAGAGAUAAAAGAUACACACGUCAGGGAGGUAAUGACGCCUCUGGUGGAUGUAGUUGCAAUUGAUGCUACCGCAACACUGAUUGAUUUCAAAAACUUAUGGGAAACUCAUCAGUACUCUAGAGUUCCAGUGUUUGAGGAACGCAUAGAUAAUAUUGUUGGAAUUGCUUACGCCAUGGAUAUGCUUGAGUAUGUUGAAGAGGUUGAGAAGUUGAAGGAGAUUACUGUGAAGGAAAUUGCACAUAUGCCCACAUACUUUGUUCCAGAUUCAAUGUCUGUUUGGAACUUGCUAAGAGAGUUUCGCAUCAGGCAGGUUCAUAUGGCAGUGGUCCUCAACGAAUAUGGUGGGACUAUUGGUAUUGUAACAUUAGAAGAUGUUGUGGAAGAAAUAGUUGGAGAAAUCUUCGAUGAGAAUGAUUCAAAGGAGGAAAUCCAGAAGAAAACAGGUUAUAUAGUGAUGCUGGAUGACGGAACAUUUGACGUUGAUGCAAAUACAUCAAUAGACCACCUAUCUGAAGAACUUGGUGUUAAAAUACCAGAGGGUCAUCAGUAUGAGACGGUGUCUGGUUUUGUCUGUGAAUCCUUUGGUUAUAUACCAGAAGAAGGUGGGAAAAUGCUAGUUAUACUCGAAAAGGAUAACAGAGAAGAAAAUGAUGAAUAUAAAGAAGAAGGAUCUGAUAACCAAGAUGAUAAAGAAAGAACUCAGGCUUAUGAACUUGAGAUACUAGAGGCUAAUGCAAGAAAGGUUGGCAAAGUCCGUUUCAAGCCAAUUAGCAGCGAAUGUGUAGAUGUUGACAGCAAGGGUGUUAACCGGAUGAUUUCGAAAAAGAUCAUCAAACGGAAGAAACAGAACCCUGGUGAUUCUUCCGAUAGCGAUGAUGAGGAGUGUACUGAUACAUCAGAAAAUGGUUGCCCUGCAGAGCUACUCUACUACUCAGACGAUAACAGUGCCCAAUUGGAAGAUGCUGGCAAUUCAGCGGCGACAAGGUAACAGGGAAACAACCAGCACAAUCUUACUACUGGCAAUAAUUACAACUCACCACCCUCCUGCCCCUUGUUACAAAACCAAAGAAGAAGAGAAACAUACUAGGCUACCAAAAACAACUAGAGCAGCAACACUGGUGGAUACUUGGAAGGUUAACAGCUUAGGAUAGCAAUUUUAGUAGCAGUAGUAGUAAUCUAGAGGUGCAGUGAGGUGUCGACAUCAACUUCACUGGAUACAUGCUUGUAGGCCUUACUAGGCCACAGGUCCACGGCGAGCGAGUCACCACGGAGCUGGAAGGUUUUGAAUUCACAGUCGAUGGUGGCCGGCAUGACCGGAAGUAAGGUAGCAGCAGCCAUGUCACGCAGAGGCCUGCAUGGAUACAACAGCUCCGGAUGGAAGAACCAUUUCACCGGCACUUCCCUCGGAGCAGCCGUGGCUACGACGACGGCCGCAGCGCCACUGUGGGAGCGGUCGGAGCGGGGAGGGAGCAUCUGGAUGAGCCUCUCCUCCCGCUCCUCCUUGAUCCUCUCCAGCUCCCUGAACCUCUGCUGCAGCAGCGCGAUGGAGGAGAACAUGACGGCGCCGUCGUUGCUCUGCAUCCCCAUCUCUCCUCGGACGAUGAUUGGCCAAAAACAACUGUAUGAUCAAAGGAACUCACUCUCUCCUCUCUUUGAGUUUCCGUUUGUCUGGCUACUUUGCCGUAUGUGCUUUGGUGGUGGGGGUUCUGUUGUUUGAGGGGGGGUAGUAGUGGUGGUGGUAGUGUAGUGGGCAUGUGCCUAUUUAUAAGCAGCAAGUUUUUGUCUUGGGGCAGAUUGUCGUCUUGUGGUCGUGCUGCAACUUGUUUCAA